AUGCUAGCCAUGUUUCUUGGCUUCUUCAUGACUGGAUAUCUUCCGAUUGGCUUCGAAUUUGCAGCCGAAAUAACAUUCCCCGCUGCCGAAGGCACGACUAGCGGUCUGCUGAACGCGAGUGCUCAGAUUUUCGGUAUCGCUCUCACAAUGGCAAUGGGCAAAGUGAUGCAUAGCAUAAACACGCUUACGAGCAACAUCAUUAUGAGCGUAGCUCUGAUUCUUGGCACCAUCCUUACAGGUAUGGAA